CAGCCGAGCAACCCCUCUUGGAGGCGGGGUUGGUACGGUGGGAAGCCCAUGAAAUUGUGCUGUGUUGGAUACCAUUGUCAACCAAGGUUUCCUUUCAUUGUCUUUUGCGUUGUAGUUAGUUGCUUCUUUGAGGUUUUCGGAGAGGGGUUGUUCGGUUGGCUGGGGGGAUCCUUUGAAGUGAUGCACCAUGGAAAACUCCCCUUUUCGAGCCAUUACUAGCAGCUACUUGCUCCCAGUAGUAUGGCCAGGAGCCCCUAGUAGCGUCCUCGCUCCUAGUAGCGAUGCCAGGAGCCCCGUUCAUAGCUUCUUGUGGAUUCGUUUCUCAAAAGAAAUCAGGCACCUCAAGAGUCUCCGAUCGAAAGGAUGCAACCGGCGCGUUUCGGCGGUCCAACGCCUCGACGGACGAGUCGCCAGGAACAAGUGAACCAAUUGGCCAGCGUGGCCGAGGAGCUCACGGACGCCUUGGAGGAUGCCAAGAGCAUCGAGGCACAGCUCAGUAGCGACUUGGCGCUGACGCAGCAGCAGCUGGCCGAGGCCGUGGCACGAGUCUCGCAGCUCGAGGACAAUGGCGGCUCUGCUCUACAAGAGACGGUCGCCCAGCAAGCCGCGGAGCUGGAAGCUGAGCGGGCACACGUCCGAGAGCUGCAGCUUCGUGUGGCUAGAGUUGAAGUUGAGUGGAAUUUGGAGCAAGCUUUGAAGAAGAAAGGCCGAUCCUACAACUUUCGGCACUUCGACAUCUGAGCUGUACAUUAGACCACUGGGCGUCGCACCCCUCCGACCGAGUGGUCCGACACAGUGUGUGAG